UUCGAGCCGUUUAAAAAAGCAACAACAUACAGACCAGAAAUGACAAAUUUAUAAACACGAGCAUUUUAUUUCUCAAGAGUCUUUCAUCUAUUAACGGAAAGAGCAUCAGGGGAAGCGCUCAAGCCUUUUGUGUAUACAAAAUUUUGGUUCAGAGUCCAGGCUAUGCAAAAUUAGUGUUGGUGUGGUCCAAGGAAGAAGAGACAUUAGUCAACUGUAAGAUUCAUGCCAUCAUGGAUUCAUCAUUUCAUUUGCAAGAGACAACUUAAUGACUAUGGAACACAAAGGAUUUGAUCUUUACCAAACUUGAACAUGAACAUGAACCUUGUGACAUCGAUUGUAGUUGUAGAAUAAUGGGUCACAUAUUCCAUCUUGGGAUGUUCAUUCUUGCACAUGGUUCAAGGAAAACCUUUUAGUAGCUAUGUUGGAAGAAGCAGGCCACUACCAUAGAGAAAAAUUCCUUUGAGGAGACGGCCACUACCAUAGAGAAAAAUUCCUUUGAGGAGACGGUCAAAAUAAUAUCAGAAACUUCAGAUAAUCAUAAUGAACCAGGCGCAGGUGAAAUCUGUGUUAAAAGUCCAUCCAUGUUCAAAGAGUAUUGGAGACAGCCAGAGAGUGGCAGUCUUACUAAAGUUCAAGAUUUGUAUAAUUUGGACCCGCGCGUUCUGUUUGAGGUUACUUUCCAAGGAGAUACUUCUCUGCAUAUCGCUGUAAGAAAAGGCCAUAUAGAUCUUGUUAGGUGGAUUCUUGAAUUGAGCCCCUCUUUGGCUGGAGCUGAAAACAAGGAUAACAAUACGCCAUUGCACGAAGCCGCUAAAACAGGUAAUCAAGAGGUCGCCGAAAUUCUCCUUUACAGACAGAGUUAUGUCUACCAUUUCAAUAAGUUUGGAGAUACAGCUCUGAUACUCGCUUUACUGUAUGGCUGCGUGGAAACAGCUAGGCGUUUGCUGCAAGCCAGGUUACAUGAAAAUGCAUAUGAAUGGGAUCGAACAAUUAGAGAGGCAGCUUACAGGGGAUAUACAGAUGUAGUUGUGGCGAUGCUUGACAAUCCCGUCAGAACCAGUCCGGAUAAUGCCUCCUCUGAAAAUCGACAUGUUCCUGAAACCCUAAAUUUGAGUAUUCCUGCAACCCCCAUUUUGCAUACAGCGGUGCGUAGAGGACAUCUUAAGACGGUAAGGGCAAUGGUAAAUCAUCGUUGGUGGGAAAAUACAUUAAUGACAGAGGAGGAUGAGCGUGGAAGGUGCGCAGUUCAUGUAGCAGCUAUGAAAGGCAAUUGGAGCAUAAUCAAUGAAUUUAUGUCAAAAAUGCCAGACCGUCUGGAAAUCCGUAGUUCAGAUCAUAAAUCUGUUCUGCAUUUUGCAGUGGAAUAUAAUCAACUAAACGUAGUGAUGAAUCUACUAGAACAAAAAAAGAGAGAAGAAGUAAGGGAAUUGGUAAGCUAUGACCAUGACCUUUCUGGAAAUGCACCAUUGCAUUUGGCAGCAAUGAAUGCAGUGGAUCGCCAGCUGGUGGAAUACCUUGUCUCAUUUCCUGGUGUAGAAGUGAAUGCCCUAAAUGAUGAAGGCUUAACUGCACUUGACAUAGCAUCAGCAGCAGCUGAAAACAACCCCAAUUUUGCUGUCAUCGUACAUAUACUAAAAGGUAAAGGAGCCAUUCAAUGGAGUCUCACACCAAAAUCUAAAACAGCUUUUCAUCCAAGUAAGGACUCGAAGCAAGGGAGAGACAAAGAUAUCAUUAAUACCCACAUGGUAGUGGCAUCACUCAUUGCCACCGUCACAUUUUCAGCCAUCUUUCAAAUCCCAGGAGGAAUUGAUGAUGACAAAAAUAGUUUACACUAUGGAGCUGCCAGGAUGGCAUUUCAUUUGCGUUUCAGAUUGUUCCUAUUCAGCGACACUGUGGCCUUCACCACUUCCCUUACGGUGGUUUUCGCUUGGUUAGCUCGACAAGUGUUACUUUACAAUAAUUCGGAAGAAGCGCCGUUGCUGUCCUAUAUAUCCGGAAUGAGUUUGCUGGUCUCAAUCGUGUGGACGGUAAUAGCAUUCUUCACUGCUGCCGUUUCCUUCACAACAAACUAUGAUCAUGCGAAGCUGAAGAGGAUGGAUGCGAAAGCUUUCUAUGAGUAUAUAUCUCUUUCAAUCUGUGAGUUCAUUAUUUUAUGCAUCCCUCCAAUUUUUGCUGUCACCCUCCUUCCGAUAUCUCCAGGUCUUAGUUCCUGGGCGAAAUAUAUUACCAAGACACGGGAAAGGUUUUCUUUUUAUUUGUUCGCUCAAGCGAUUGUCAUCGCAAUCAUAACUAUUUUCGCUGUUCAUUUGUAAAUGAAAGGCUAUUCAGUAUUCAGUCUUUAAGAUGUACUAACAUAAGUUAUGGUGUAUGAGGGUAAUUAAUGUAUUGGUGCAUUCUAAGAAUUAGAUAGUCAUUUUUUUUAAAAAAUGAG